AUGAUUCCCUUGAAGAUGCUGCUCCUGGUCACGCUCCUCCUGGGGGCUUCUCUGCAGGUCGCCCAUGCAGCUCGAGGCACCAACGUGGGUCGGGAGUGCUGCCUAGAGUACUUCAAAGGAGCCAUUCCUAUCAGCAGGCUGACAAGGUGGUACAAGACCUCAGGGGAGUGUCCCAAGGAUGCCAUCGUGUUUGUAACUGUCCAAGGCAAGUCCAUCUGUUCCGACCCCAAGGACAAGAGGGUGAAGAAGGCUGUCAGAUAUUUACAAAGAAACUGGAAGGGAGGGCCCCAAGAGUCCUGAUUCCUGCCUGGACCAUUUGGAGACCUCCACCCUCAGCAUUUGCUACCCCAAC